UGUGUCAGACCCGUCAUGUCACUGACAUCGUCCUCCCUUCUGUUGCUGCAGAUUGUCAUCGGGGAGAGCUACAGGAUCUACUUUCUGAAUGAGGGAUCCAAGUCAUUUGUGGGGAACCCUUACAUUUCUGCCCUCUAUAAGCAGGUGGGCGUGUUCAUCUUCGGUUGUGCCAUCAGCCAGUCCUUCACUGACAUUGCCAAAGUGUCAGUAGGUCGCAUGCGUCCGCACUUCCUCGACGUGUGCAAACCUGAUUUCAGCACUAUUAACUGCUCGUUGGGCUAUAUCACGGAGUACCAGUGUCAGGGACCAGAGAGCAAAGUCCAAGAGGCCAGGAAGUCUUUCUUCUCUGGACAUGCAUCGUUCUCCAUGUACACCAUGCUUUAUCUGGUGUUUUAUCUGCAGUCUCGUUUCACGUGGCAUGGAGCACGUCUGCUGCGACCCCUCACCCAGUUCACCCUCAUCAUGAUGUCUUUCUACACCGGUUUGUCCCGCGUCUCCGAUCACAAGCACCACCCCACCGACGUCCUGGCAGGGUUUGCACAGGGAGCCCUGGUGGCCUCCUGCAUUGUAUUCUAUGUGUCGGACUUGUUCAAGCCCAAAGGUUUAUGUUCCACUUUGUCACCAGCUCCAGUGAAGAAAGAGCUUGUUCCUUCAGUGGACAUCCGAGAGCGAAGUAACCCCAUGAUCAUGGCAUAGAUGAGUGCCCAGACAGACUGUGUGUGUGUGUGUGUGUGUGUGUGUGUGUGUGUGUGUGUGUGUGUGUGUGUGUGUGUGUGUGUGUGUGUGCACACUCUGACACCCGCUGGCCAGGACUGAAUACAACAAACUCCAAUAAUCUGUAUCAUGCAGACAAACAUGGAAUCUUGAACAUGGCACAAAAGGAGACGAGGCUCCGGAAAGCAGCCAAGCAGCUUUGGCCUGCUUAGAGGAAAGUUUAUUCUUUCGUUACUCUUGCCAGACACCUUAAUGUGG